UAUUGCUAAUGGGAAAAGUAUAGAUAAUUCGCAACUUGAAACAAAAAAGGGGAUUUAAAUUAAACUCAUUCAAGCAUUCGGUGUUUUUAUUAAAGCCUCAUUUUUCAAAAGUCAUAAAAACUCAAUUUGUAACACUCUGUUGCGCGUUCAAUGGGCAAUUUUCGGUCUUAAAAAAAGGCUGGCAUUUGACCUGAUAAUCAGCUCUUGCCAAACUUGCCAAGGAACAAGGUCUGUUCAAGCGAGCAGCCACGAAAUCUAGAACAAGAAAUAAAAAGAAAUAGCAAUGAAAUUUCUAGUGGUUGUCAUCUUAGCUCUGGCGCUUUCCCAAGCGAACGGUAUUGUUUUUGGAGGCAACGGAGAUUAUCCGGACCCUGCGAAGAGUUUGGACUCUGCAAAGAGUUUGGAAUCAAUACCUGCCUCGAAACAGAACGAUGUCCCAGAAAUCGCCAAAGAAAAGCUGAGCGAUGAAGCUUCUAAGGACGAUAAAGAGACAGCCCUAGACACUGCAUUAGUUCAAAAUGAUUCUCAUGAGGACGAACUGAAUCACCUUCAAGCUGGAAAUUGUCAUUGGGGUGUGGGCGUCUGGUUCAAACCUGGAGUACAAAUCAGAUGCAGUUGUAUGAAAUGCACAUGCGCUGCAAAAUCACAAUGGAAUUGUGCCUACGAGUUUGCAUUUUGUCCAUACUUUUAUUGUGGCAAUACGGUGUUCAACCCUCUGUCUCAGAUCUGUUGUUGCGGUAAAGUUUAUAGAAAGAACACUCGGUUUUCUUGCUGCGGUCACUUAUACUACAACACCACUGUUUCCAAGUGUUGCUCCUACGCCACUAUUAAACCAAAGAAAGCCAAUUGUCCUAGGUUCAAAAUUUAGAAAAAUUCACAUCCAUCGAGUGACCUCGAGGGCUAAAAACAUCAUUGGAACCACAACAAAAACAGCAUCGAAGCAUCUUUUUAAUUUCUGGUUAUUGUGCACUGCAUGUAUUCUGAAUGUUUUACUCAAACGAAAUGGUUGUCCAUUUCAAGUGAUAUGUCUUGUACUGAUUUGUUAAAUUAAUAAAGUUUUGUAAAGCAAAAAACAG